AUGGAUAAUCUCGGUGCUUUCACCAAUUUACUGAUUAUCCUAUUCGUUAAUUUUUGGGGUUUUUUCUUCGUUUUUUUACUGUUCUUUCUUUCUUUAUAUUUUCUACUGUUUCUUUCUUCCUUUCUUUCUUCCUUUCUGUUUUCAUAUUUCUCUCUCUUUCUCCAUAUUUCUUUGUAUCUUUCUCUCUUUAUAUUUUCUACUCUUUCUUUCUUUCUUUCUUUCUUCCUUUCUUUCUUCCUUUCUGUUUUCAUAUUUCUCUUUCUUUCUCCAUAUUUUCCAUUCAUUCUUUAUUUAUUUUUUCUUCAUAUUUUAACUUCUUUCUUUUUUCCUUUCUCUUUACAUAUUUUUCUCUCUUUCUUCAUAUUUUCCAUUCGUUCUUUGCUUCUUUCUUUCUUUAUAUUUUCUAUUCUUUCUUUCUUUCUUUCUUUCUUCAUAUAUUUUUCUUUCUUUUUUUCCUUUUCUUUUUUCUAUUUUUUCUUUUCUUUUUUUUUCCAUUUUUUCCAUUCUUUCUUUCUUUCUUUCUUUCUUUUUAUAUCUUUCUUUUCUUUCUUUCUUUCUUUUUUCCCAUUCUUUCUUUCUUCAUUUUUCUUUUCUUUUUUUUUCUUUUUUUCGUCUUCUUUCUUUCUUCGUAUUUUUUACUCUUUCUUUCUUUCUUUCUUUCUUUCUUUCUUUCUUUCUUUCUUUCUGUUUUCAUAUUUCUCUUUCUUUCUCCAUAUUGUCCACUUUUUCUUUGAACAAAAGAUACGAAGUUAA